UUGCGCUCAAUUAAAAUUCAGGCAGUUCAUUUUGUAAUCUUAAAGGCUGUACACUGUUUAUCUCUUGGCAGCUGUCUCCAGCUUUCUCUCUGUUUUUCUUUUGUUUUUAUAGGAAGAAGUAACAUCCCAUAAUGACAAUAUGCAGUAUCUGAACCUGGCGGUGAGAGCUUGGGCUCAGAAACAAAGGAGUUCCUGCCACAGCAAACUGAGCCCAGAGUUGCGAGACACCUGUCGAGUCAAGCGGGACUCGGGUGGGCAAAUCAAGAAAAAUAGCGAUCGGGUUAGGAAUUGCGCACCCUUCAGUAUUCCCUACGGACCACAUCUCAUCUCUGUACGCUGUCAGGAAGAACUGAGGAGGACGACUCCCGAAGAUGUAGAGGUCAACUCUUCCAGCAACGGCGCAGUCAGAUCUCAAGAGGACUGCGCUGUCAGCUCCGAUCCAGCACAGACAACCAGGUUUGCAGCUGCUGUCAGACUCGAUCAGAGAACACGUGGACGUAACGCUGGUUCAACUCGGUGUAGAGAAUGUGACUGUGCAGACGGGACAUCAAAGAACCUGUCAGAGGAUUAUAAGGCAUCAACGCAUACAACAAUAACCACUAACGACUUGUUAGACUGCCUGGUGCAUCCAGACAUCAUCACCCGUGUCACUGAGCUGCUUCUAGAAAAGCAUACAGGAAGUGACACGACCACCUGAUCGUCCUAGUUUUGAUAUUCACUUAUCAGCUGCAACAUGAACAUGGGGUUUGUUGUAAGCCACGAUUAUUUUUAUUAUUUUUUACCCAGAAAUUGGCCCUCCAAGCUACGAGUCAUGUUUUGGCAUCAUUAAGUAAGAGGCCCGACUUUUAUUUCUUCUCUCAUUUGUCACCUUGACCUUCUUGGCGUGAACCACAGAUGCAGGAAAUCACAGCAAAGUCAUUCUAGUGCUGCAAGCGACAGUCUGACAUAUCCUCGUUUUGUUUUCCUGCACAUGCUGAUCCUUUUUGGUUCUUCCAAACUAGGAAAAAUGGCCACUGGAAUCAAUUUAGUAUGCUAAACAACCAAAUAAUUCAAGAUAAUAUUCCAGGGAUGCAAACAUUGUGCAGAAAAUAAUGUUUCACAGUGUCAGUUAGUGAGGGGGGAGUCAUCAUUGACCAGCCACAAAGGACUCCUUGUAAUAGUUUUGUGAUUGAUGAAAGCUGUGUAAGAAGUGAUAAAUGAAAUGUUUGAAUAGUCUGCUGUGUGUGUGCGGAUAAUAAAUGUAAUAUUCCCACUUU